CACGUUUGUUCCUCCAAUCAGAGUUCGCAGCGUAUGAUUUCGAACAUCAACGUCCCCGACGGGAAGGGAGAUACGCCAGAGAAGCAACUCACACAAAAGACACAACUUACGCACUGUCCGCCCCAAAGUAGCUGCCCAUUCAUCUUAUGAUAGUUGCAAAUAAGUGGGCAAGACGUACGCUGUGUUUUGGUGAAGCUCGGCGUAAUAUGGAGACAAACGUUAACCCUUAAUCAGCUGAUAGACUUUACAUUGAACGUGUGGAUGUGUGACUGAUCCUGCGCAGCUCAGCUAUGGUUCGGGAGCGGGUGGUGCAGAAGAAGUCCUUCCAGCAGAGUCUGGACGACAUCAAGGACAAAAUGAAGGAAAAGAGAAACAAACGUCUCGCCAACGCUGUAACGUUAGCUGCCAGCCGCGGCCUGUCAAAACUGAAGAACAGAAACACAGCUACAGUGAAGCCAUUCGUGCUGAAGAGCGUCCAGGUGAAUAACAAAGCUCUUGCAGUUGCCCUGCAGACAGAGAGGGAGAAGGUACGGCAAGCGCAGGGGGUCAUCCUGCAGCUCAAGAAAGAAAGGCAAGCACUCAUCUUUCACCUGCUGAUGCUGAAGAGGACGCUUAAAGAUCGGGGACCUGGUGAAAGUGCCCAGCUUAAUGAGGACCAAGCUGGACAAAAAACAGGGCCGAACUGUGAGUUCAACCUAGAGAUUUCUGAACUCCCAGCUGUUCAGCACUCGACGCCUGAGCCCCCCCAGCGGACUGCCAGACAGCCCAAGAAGAAACCUACCCAAGCCGCUCCCCGCCCCAAACAUGAGCGGGGGCGCAAACCAGACCGAGCCCCAUUGAAGAAACCAUGGGAAAACCCCAAACCCCGUGCUCGCUCCAAGAGCCGGGACCGAUGUCAGAGUCGUACAAGAGCGGCACUUCCACCUGCCGAUCACCUUAACUCCUCGUUGGGUGGCAAUGACACCUUUGACUUUGACUGUGAAGAGGCCAUCCAUCUAACGCCUUUCAGAGCAGGAACCAAAGCUGUGGAGAAACCAUCACCUGAUGCUCCGGAUAAAGAGGACAAGGUCUUGCCCAGUCCUGUUGCCAUGGAAUCCAACAACUGCCUCUCAGAAGAUGAACAUGAUGCAGAUGAUUCCCCUUAUGUACCAAAGAGGAGAUCCAAAAGAGCUCGUAGUCCACCACCCAGACGGGCUCGCUCUAAAAGGCGGUCCGUUCAAGAGGCCAGAGAAAACAGAGGAAAAGAAAAUACUUCCCAAAAGCAGGACCAUGUUGAAAUACAGCACAGAGAAAAAAGUAGGCCUGAAACUGAAGAAAUUGGUCUGCACCUCAGCGAUGAUCUCGGCCCAGGCCUUCUGCUCCCACAUUCACCAGUUUGUGUUCCUCCUGAAAAUCCUAGCCAAUCAGAACCAAGCCAAGAGAUCUGCCAAGCGCCACCUUCUGCUGUUUCUGUGGAGUCUCCGAUCCCGAUUACUCCUGGUGGAGAGGUAGAGCUUAUGAUGAUUGACUGCCCAAUAUUUGAAUUUCCAAAGCGCCCUAGUAACUCAUCCAACCAGGAAAAUAAAAUGGCUUUGGUGAAUAAAGGCAGAAGAAAAGGUGAGAUGGUUGUUCGCUCCUUUCUGGGCUUGGGUUUGAGUGAUGUGACAAAUCUCUCCCCCGCAGCCUAUCAGAAGCCCAUGUCUGCUCAAAACACCCCUCAAAGCUCCACUCGUAAGCGCCGCUGUAUGAGUACUGUCAACUACAAGGAGCCAUCAAUCAACUCGAAACUUCGACGGGGUGACCAAUUUACAGACACCCGUUUCCUACGUUCCCCCAUCUUCAAACAGAAACCCACUUCCCGUCGAAGUUCACUUAAAAAGAUGGAAUUAUAUAAUGAGUCUUUUGUGGGUUGUCGCUGAAUAACUUUAUUUUACAUAUUACAUAUGUUAGGCCUUUGUAGCAUGUUUUCUGCCCAGCUUCAUAGAAUUACAGUGCUGUAUGUCUAAACCUUUGCAUUAUUUUUUCCUUUAGAUUUUUAACU